AGCAACAGCUCUCUCCAACAUCUGGCCGCACUUAUCUCCUGUGUGUGUGUCUAGCUCUCUCAUGAAGUCCUGAAAGUCAUUGGUUGUUUCUUCCUCCCCCACUCCCUCCCACCUACUUGCACUCGCUGUUUUCUCCAGGCAGAAAAAGUGCACCCCCUCCCCUUCCUCCCCAUCUCCUGUUUUUUUUUGCUUCCUGUGAGUAUCUCAGAGAAUCAAAUCCUCAUGGAUUCCUCUCCAACUACUCCGUCUACCACGGGGAGGAGGGCAGAACGGGGGAGGGAGGAGCAGCGUUGCCAGGAGCGGCGCGGAGUUACACUGUUUCAAAAUGUUACUCUUUCCCCUCUCAGUUGUUGCGACGCGUUGUUGCUGGUAACCGUUCACGCGCUGGCGCCCGCGCCCGAGCCCGAGCCCGGGUCGCCCCAUCGGACCGGCGAGGCGGCGGCGGCGGCGGCGGCCGCGGUCCGUUGUGACUUUUCGCUCUGGGUGUCGUGGUUUCACUGCCGUCACCAUGCACUGAGGAUCGCUGCUACUGCUACUGCUGCGGCACAUUUAACAGGUCGCCCUGUAGCAUUUUUUUUUCCACACUGCUCUGCGGCCGCAGUUUAUUUGUGUCAUUUCAAGUGAAGUGGAUAUUUUUGGCAACAAAAGAAAAUAAAAGGGGAAGGAGGGGUGCGAGGGGGGAAGACACGGUGCUGUACUUUAUUUGGUUUUAUUUUAUUGGCGGGAGGGGGGCAUUUCCCCCCCUUUUGUAGCAGAUAAUGAAUUCAAACGUGAGAUUGGUGGCAGCAGUAGCAAACACGACACGAGUAACAUAUGGCAUUAAAAAGCAGCACAGCUGGAGGUAGCGUUUCCAUUUGAAGUGAUGUCAGAGCAGCUGACAGUCUGGCAUUGCUAGGUUUUUUUGUGUGAUCUUGCUCCGUGUGCCGGUAUCAUUCCUCUUCAGUCUGCUUUUUUAAACUUGACAGACCAGAGUCACAAAGAUUUAGCGCACCAUUGAAGGUGUUCUUUUGGGGACUGAUCAAGAGAAGUUGAUCUGUUUAUAUUCCUUUUGCAGGUUAUGAAGACAGUAUGGAGUUUCCCGACCACAGCAGACAUUUGCUCCAAUGUCUGAGUGAGCAGAGGCAUCAAGGUUUUCUUUGUGAUUGCAAUGUCUUGGUUGGGGAUGCCCAGUUUCGAGCCCACCGCGCUGUGCUGGCUUCGUGCAGUAUGUACUUCCAUCUCUUUUACAAGGACCAGCUGGACAAAAGAGACAUUGUUCAUCUGAACAGCGACAUUGUUACAGCCCCAGCCUUCGCUCUCCUCCUUGAAUUCAUGUAUGAGGGGAAACUCCACUUCAAAGACUUGCCUAUUGAGGACGUACUGGCAGCUGCGAGUUACCUUCACAUGUACGACAUAGUGAAAGUCUGCAAAAAGAAACUGAAGGAAAAAUCCACUGCAGAAGCGGACAGCACCAAGAAGGAAGAAGAUGCCUCCAGCUGCUCUGACAAGGGGGAGAUCUCCUCGGUGAGCAGCGCCCAUGCCGUGGGGGAGCUGGCCAGCGAGGAGGACGAAACCGAGGAGGAGAAGCUGGGGGCCACCGUGUCAAGCAAAAGGGACUUGGUCAUUGAAUCUGGGAGCAUGUGGAUGAGAUUACCCUCUGACUCAGCAGGCAUCACUCAGCCUGGCGCGGAGGUUGAAACACAGGCGAUAACAGCUGGGAAAACAGUGUCCAGUCCCUGCAGCUCAACAGGGCCUUUGUCCCAGAGGUCUGUCAGCUCCAUUAAGGAUUCAGCAGAUGUUGACUGUGUGCUGGAUUUGUCUGUCAAGUCUGGGCUGCCAGCAGGAGAAAAUGCCAGCCACCCUUAUGUCUCGCCGCAUGAAGACGGCCCCAGAAACAACCUGAUCCAGGUUAAAGUAGAGAAGGAAGUGUUUUCUGACGGUGAAGGCAGUAGCACCAAUGACUUUGAUAUGGAUCAAAGUAGCACGGUGAAGGACAGCGGAAACGCAAUGAACAGGGUUCAUUACGACUCACUCCAUGUGUCUGCCAGAAGAGAAGCCUCUGUUUCGAGCGAGAUGGACCGAGAGGAUCGAGCCAGCGACGACGAGAUGAUAACCCCCGAGAACGACGGAGCCCAGAUGGAAGGAAACAUGGACAGCAGCUUGCUGCCUUACUGCUCCAACAUACUUGGCUCUGCCGGCCAGAUCUUCAUGUGCCCCCUGUGCAACAAAGUCUUCCCCAGCCCGCACAUCCUGCAGAUCCACCUGAGCACGCACUUUCGAGAGCAGGACGGCCUCCGGAGCAAGCCGACCACCGACGUCAACGUCCCCACCUGCUCGCUGUGCGGCAAGACUUUCUCGUGUAUGUACACCUUGAAACGGCACGAGCGAACUCAUUCAGGGGAAAAGCCGUACACCUGCAGCCAGUGUGGGAAGAGCUUCCAGUAUUCGCAUAAUUUGAGCCGGCACGCGGUGGUUCACACCCGGGAGAAGCCACACGCGUGUAAGUGGUGUGAGCGCAGGUUCACGCAGUCGGGUGACCUGUAUAGACACAUCAGAAAAUUUCACUGUGAGCUGAUAAACACUCUCUCUGUUAAAACAGAGUCUCUUAACUUGCCUGCAAUGCGAGACUGGACCAUAGAAGACAGCUCACAAGAACUCUGGAAAUAAAACCUAGCUGUGGAACAUUCUAAAAAUCAAGUUUCUGGUAAUCUCUUCUACAGCUUUUUGGGCACUGAGUUCUCUCAACAAAGUAAUAACUAUAAAUACUGUUUAUCACAACACAGUCUACAAAAGUGAGAUUCUGUGAUUCAUAAUGCAACAUAAGGUAAAUAAUAAUUAACUAUUAAACUCGACACUUAUUUAAUAAAUGUUCUUAUUUUCUUUUUAAAUGCACCCUGCAGUUGUGGAGUGCACAGCAAAGGAUGCUGCUGUAUAGCUCAUGAGGUUUUGUUGUUGAAAUUUUUAACAAUGAACCACUAAUUCUUUAAGGUCUUCAUUGAAACUUGUUAAUAUUUUAAUGUUGCACAAUUUCUGGAUAUUUAAAACUUUUUUUUUGUACAAUGCUGUAAACAAAAUAAUGAAGAAGUUCAUUUCCGUAUGCCUGGGAAGGUGAAUUUGCAAAUGAAUGGUUCUUUACCCUGUUAACCAGAAACUUGAUGUAAUUUAGAUUCUAAAUGUAUGGGGUUUUUCAGGCAAAUUAAAAAUUAUGUUUGAAAAUGUGAAUUAUAUUACUGUACGUCUUACUGCAUUGAAUGGAUUUAACGAACCUGAUGGAUUGUUUUCACGCUCUUAGUCAGGUAUUAUGAAAGUAAAUAUUGAGGCUAUAGAAAAUGCAUGAGUUUUAUCAGAUGUUUUGGGUUUUUUUUUUGCAAUUCUACAAACUUGGCAAAGUGUGUAACUUAAGUUUUUAUUUAAUUAGUGAGACGUUUUCCUUUCCCGGGAUGCAUUUUUGUCAAGUGCAGUAGCACCGUGAAAAAAAACGCCACUGGUAUUGCACAGCAAUUUAAUUUUUCUUUUGGAAAAAAGUGCACUGCUAUGCAGUUUCAAUGUGUGAAACAUCUUUCCCAGUCGCCUGUGCUCUCAAUAUUAGAUAGUGGUGCAGCACAAAUUCCAGUGGAAGUUCCCUGCUUUCAUGUGAUCGGAAUUGCUGGUUGAUAGAAAUCAAUUGAUUAUGUUGGCCAUGAAGUUUGGGGGUGGGUGGGGGUGGGCAAGAAGGAUCUGUGAACCCGGUUUUGAAGAAGGGGUUCAUUAUAUAGUGUGUAACCAAGCAGCUGAAGUGGCUGCUUGGUAUGUGUGUGGUUUUAAUGAACAACACAUAUGGCAAGUGUUUUGCACAGUGUUUGUUUUCCUGUCUUGCACUCGCAAUAAGGUCUCUGGGAGUAGCACGGAAACGUGGCUGUUUUCCCCCUUUCUUUCCGUGGCUUUUAUUUUUUUUACUUGAUUGCCUUAACUACUGUAAACAUAGCUUAUUUUUGUGCACAAAGGCAAUAUGAUUAUUAAUGGAAAAACUAGAUUGUGUAUUGCUGGAUUUUUUUUUAAAAAGCGGGUCAAAUGAGUUUUUUUUUCUUUUGGCUCUUGACAUUGUUUAAAAAGCUGUGAAAUGGCCUCUAAGAUUCUGUAAUUAUGCUAGUUACUUGAAGAGUUUAAAUGUCUGACAAAAGUAUGUUGAACUGUAGAUUUUAAAAAAUUGUUUAGGUAAGACAAUCAGUGUCUUUAAAAUGAAACAGCUUCCUUGGUUCCCACCUUGGUUUUCUUUGUGGUAUUUGUGAGUAUGACUCUCAGUUAUUUUUACCUUACAGGUGACCCUUUACUAGUUUUAUUUUUGUUAUUUCCCUCCCUCCCUCUUUUUUUUACCCCCUCAACCACAAUCCCCCAAGCCUGUGACAUUCUACCUUUUUACCUGGAUUUAGACUGACGUUAGCCUUGACAAUCAUAGUCUGUUUUUAAUUUUCAGAACAAAGGGGGGGGGGAGUAAAUUAUAAUGCUGUUUAGUUUUGUACCUUGA